CUUAAACAGAUGCAGCUUCGGAAGCCACGAACCAGAUGGGCCUUUCCUUCUUACCUUCCAUCCCUGUCCCACACAUAAUCCCUGAAGACCCAGCAUUGCUUCUGUCACACACUUCAGUGAUGUCACAGCUCCCCUGACUGGGAGCUCCUGCACCACCAUCUGAUGCCCAGGCUGAGCACAGGCUAGACUGAGAGGGGCAGGGUGCACACAGUGCCAGGUCCAGUCUUGCUCCUUCAGUCUUUGAGGACUCACACCCUCAGCAUGUGUCCAUCAGCAAAGAAAAAGCUCGAGAACAGAAUGGCUUCCAAGAUGGAAGAGGAGAAACUGCAGGACAAGACAAAGCAGACUGUCUACAAAACAAUCCAGCGGAGCCGACUUAAAAUGGUGUUAAGAAACUUGUCACUCUUGAAGCUACUCAAGAGCUCAAACAGUCGGAUCCAAGAGCUUUAUAACCUGGCCAGAAGGUGUUGGAAUUCAAUGCUCAGAGUUCCAAAGAUCCUCCGUGCCUCCUCUGGGGAAAACAAUGUUUGCAAUAAAGUAAGACCAAAUAAUGAAGAGCUCCAAGAUGCUACAUGCCUUGAGAAGAACCUGGAAUCCAAGAAAAUAGAGUCCACAGGGAAACCUAAGCAAGCAAGGCCUGAUGAGUACAAGGAGGAGCCAAGGGCAAGGAACAUGGUUGAAGAUUCACCUGUUACAGUACCAAGGAAGGAAGAGCAGAUGGAGCCUGACUUCUCAAGGACAUCAAUAGGUCAUGGGCUGAAAACUGGGGCCCAGAAGAGACAGCUAUUCAAGAGGGGCCCGCGAGUCGUCUUUCUGAAGACUUAUAACUACAGGGCUCCCAUGGGCGACAUGAAGCAGCUGGAUGUAAAUGGCCAGUACAUCUGGUUUGAGGGGCUGCCCACACGAAUCCACCUCCCAGGGCCGAGGGUCCUGUGCAGAGCCUCCAAGCUACGCUGGGUCAAGCGCCGCUGUACCCGUUUCUGCUCUGCAUCACUUGAGAAGCCCAUGUACCAUUCCUACAAGGUGGUGUGACCCCGAAAAACAGCCUUACAAGUGAGAGAAUGGAGAUCACACCAGGAGCAAAACAAAAGGAAUGGGCGG